AUGGAUUUGGUAUCAUUGCUUUGUAUAUCAGUGUUUAUUGCCAUUUUUUUGGUGUUAGUCCGCCUUUAUGCAGCUGGGGGUGUCAAUCACUCUCACCGUGAUUUGACCAACAAAGUUAUUGUAGUCACAGGAGGCACCAAUGGCAUGGGUAAGUUAUUAGUUGAGCAGUUAGCGGAUUGCGGUGCUCAAAUAAUUUCAAUGUCUCGAAACGAUACACUUGCUGGAAAGGUUAUAGAAGAGAUCAAAUCUGUCCACAAAGAUUGUGAUCUUUCACAUAUUCAUUUGGACUUAAAUGAUAUGGCUUCUGUGAAAAAAGCUGCGGAAGAGUUGAAUACCAAAGUUGAUCACAUCGACAUAUUGGUUAACAACGCGGGUGUCAUGAGAGUGCCAUAUGGAAAGACUGCUCAGGGUUUUGAAAAGCAAAUGGGGGUCAAUUACUUGGGGCACUUUUUAUUGACGCAAUUGGUAUUACCAAAGAUAGAAAAAGUCCAUGGGAGAGUUAUCAACUUGUCUUCAGUUGCCUCACUCCUUUAUAAAAAGACCGUUUUUCCUUUCACUGCUGAAGAAAAGGAAUUCAUGUCAAUGAGAUAUUAUUGUGAAAGUAAAUUGGCAAUGGCGAUGUUCGCAAAGCAACUCUCCAAAAAGAAUAGCAAUAUCACCGCUGUGUCGGAACACCCGGGUUGCGUCAGAACAGCUCUCUGGCAGUUCUUCCCAUAUUGGAUGCAAAUUGUCUGUGGACCGGUUCUGAGAGUCAUUUUUAAAUCACCAGUCGAAGGUGUUCAAACUGCUUUAUAUCUCGUGAACGAAGAAAAUGUCGCGAACGGGGAAUACCACGCAGACUGUAAAGUGGCUGGAAAGCACAACAAGUGUCUUGAUGAUGACACACUUUUAGAAAAAUUGUGGGACGACUCAAUGGAAGCUGUCAAACCAUUUAUGAAUUAA